GCGUCGGCUCCUCAUACUGUUGGGUAAUAGGGGGCCGGUAUCAAUAAUUCUCCUAAAUGAUGGGGAAAUGGUGUUGGCCUGGUGUUGGCCUGGUGUUGAGCUGCGGGAAAAGGAGUCGGUUCUUGUUGUAUAUAAGGAGGCGCUGGCCGGCGUUCAUGGAGAUGUUGUUUUUGAUCAUCAACUCAGACACCACAGUCCCUUCACAUUCUCUCACCCACAGUCUUUCGCUUUUGCCUGGGGCAUCACAGUCUUGACGACACUCAUUCAUUCAACAGUAUCUACAGUCAUUCUCUCGAAGCCAACCUUCACAACAACCCACCAACCUUCAAAAUGAAGCUGACCAUCGUUGCCUCCCUCCUCGCCAUCGUGGCCCCCAUCGCCGCCGGCCCGGCCGCCCAGACCCCCAACAACUUCUUCGAGCUCGAGAAGCGCGCCACCCUCCCCGUCCCCGCCUCCAAGGGCAGCGUCACCUACAAGGCCCCCCAGGCCGUCAAGGGCACCUUUGACGGUGGCAUGAAGACCUACGGCCGUGGUGUCAAGUGCACUGGCCAGGUCGAGGGCAAGGACUCCGACGCCGUCUUCAUCCUCGAGAACGGCGCCACCCUCAAGAACGCCAUCAUCGGCAAGGACCAGAUCGAGGGUGUCCACUGCAAGGGCUCCUGCACCAUCGAGAACGUCUGGUGGGUCGACGUCUGCGAGGACGCUCUCUCCCUCAAGGGUGACGGCAACGCCCUGGUCAAGGGCGGUGGUGCCCAGUCCGCCGAGGACAAGGUCAUCCAGCACAACGGCAAGGGCACGGUCACCAUCGACGGCUUCACCGUCGUCGACUUCGGCAAGCUGUACCGCGCCUGCGGCAACUGCAAGAACAGCGUCCAGCGCAACGUCGUCAUCAAGAACGUCAAGGCCUACAACGGCAAGGUCCUGACCGGCAUCAACCCCAACUUUGGCGACUCCUCCACCAUCACCGGCACCUGCGCCACCUCGGUCAAGACCAUCUGCGAGGAGUUCCAGGGCACCAAGCCCGGCAACGAGCCCAAGUCCGUCUCCAAGGGCCCCUCCGGCAACUGCAAGUACACCGCCUCCGCCGUCAAGGCCUGCUAAGCGCGCCCCUGGCUGUCUGGCGGGUUCUCUUGUGGUCUCCCCCCGUCCUGGUGGGCGGGUUGAGGUUGUGAAGGAA